ACAAGCAAAAGUUUUCCUGAAGAGUCUACAUGGACGCGAAGGAGCAGCUCGUGUGACCCGACGGAGAGACUGACGGGAGGCUCUCUUCGCACGGACAAAGAAUGAUAACACAGGCGGCAUUUUGUCUGCUUUUUUCCGUGCGUGUGUGAGUGUGUGAGGGGACACGACACGCUGAAGUGUGGGAAAGUUUUGAGGCAGGGCUAUGGCGCGGAGCGGAGACGCCGCCGGGAUGUCCGAAGCUCCCAAAGUCCAGAGGAAGAAGAAGAAGAAGAGCAAGGAGAACAAAACCAGGACUGUCCACACCAACUUACUGUACGACCUCUCCAAGGGGGAAGAAAACCCCAACAGACACUAUGCAAACAACAUGAUAAAGACCACCAAGUACACGGUGCUCUCCUUCCUGCCAAAGAACCUCUUCGAGCAGUUCCAUAGGUUCGCCAAUGUUUACUUUGUCUUCAUCGCUUUGCUGAAUUUCGUCCCGGUUGUCAACGCGUUCCAGCCCGAGCUGGCCCUGGCCCCCGUGGUGUUCAUCCUGUCAGUCACUGCCAUCAAAGACCUGUGGGAGGACUACAGGAGACACAGGUCGGAUAAAGAGAUCAACCACAUGGACUGUCUGGUCUUCAGCAGAGCGGAGAGACGCUAUUUAGAGAAAUACUGGAAGGAGGUGCGGGUGGGAGACUUCAUCAGGCUGCGAUGCAACGAAAUCCUCCCCGCCGACGUUCUGCUGCUGAGCUCCAGCGACCCUGACCGCCUGUGCCACAUCGAGACCGCCACACUGGACGGAGAGACCAACCUCAAGCAGAGGCAGGUCGUCCGCAGCUUCUUUGACCUGGAUUGUGAUUUUGACCCUUUAAAAUACAACAGCAUAAUUGAAUGUGAGAAACCCAACAAUGACCUGAACAGAUUUCGAGGAUACAUAAUCCAUCGAAGCGGCAGAAGAGAUGCACUUUAUAAAGAAAACCUGCUGCUGCGAGGCUGCACCAUCCGCAACACAGAGGAGGCCGUGGGAAUAGUCAUUUAUGCAGGUCAUGAGACCAAAGCCAUGCUGAACAACAACGGCCCGCGCUACAAACGCAGCAAACUGGAGAGACAGAUGAAUGUAGAUGUGUUCUGGUGUGUCAUCAUCCUUCUGGUCAUGUGCCUGUUUGCUGCUGUGGGUCACGGGCUGUGGAUGUUUCAGUACGGAGAUAAGAGACCUGUGUUUGACGUUCUCAGUCCAGAGGGGACAGACUUAUCACCAAUCAUGUCAUCCAUUUAUCUCUUCCUCACUUUGAUCAUCGUCUUUCAGGUGCUGAUACCCAUCUCCCUCUUUGUGUCGAUUGAGAUUGUCAAGAUCUGCCAAGUGUACUUCAUCCAUCAGGACAUGGAUCUGUACGACGAGGAGACAGACUCUCACCUGCAGUGCAGAGCUCUUAAUAUCACUGAGGAUCUCGGCCAGAUGCAAUACAUCUUCUCUGACAAGACAGGCACGCUGACGGAGAACAAGAUGGUGUUUCGCCGCUGCACUGUGGCAGGGGUGGAGUACUCCCAUGAUGCCAAUGCUAGAAGACUUGCUAAGUACCAGGAGAUGGAUUCUGAAGAAGAGGAGUGCACAUCUCACGGAGGCACCCUGCCCAGGCGGGACAGCGUAACCAGCCACCACAGCGCCCCGGUGGUGCUGCGAUCCCAGAGCACCAAGUCCCAUCGCAGGACGGGCAGCAGAGCGGAGGCCAAGCGAGCCAGCAUCCUGUCCAAGCACACGGCCUUCAGCAGCCCCAUGGAGAAAGAUAUCACCCCCGACCCCCAGCUCCUGGACAAGGUCAAUGAAUGCAGCAGUCAGUUGGACUUCAUGCGCUUUCACAGUCAGCCAAUGUCCCAGCUGCCCUCUGACCUCUCAGAUAUCAUUGAUUUCUUUAUCGCUCUCACCAUCUGCAACACGGUGGUGGUGUCCUCCCCCAACCAGCCCAGGCAGAAGGUGCGCGUGAGGUUUGAGCUGAAGUCCCCGGUCAAGACCAUUGAGGACUUUAUCAAACGUUUCACUCCCAGCCGCUUGACGUCAGGCUCCAACAACAGCAGCUCCUCCAGCCUCAUCACAAACCGCUCCUCCAAUAAGGGCUGCUCCAGCAUUCUGUCCUCCCCCUCUGCGGAGAGCACGCUCACCAAGCUGGAUGAGGAGCACGCUCGCGGAGGCCUGGACCACACCUUCAGCCCCGCCCCGCCAUCUUAUGACGGUAAGGUGUUGGGCCAGGAGGAAGGUGAGCUGCGCUACGAGGCGGAGUCGCCCGACGAGGCCGCGCUUGUCUACGCAGCCAGGGCUUACAAAUGCUCCCUCGUUGGACGCCUCCCCGACCAGGUGACCGUGGAACUGCCGCACCUGGGGAAGCUGAGCUUUGAGCUCCUGCACACGCUGGGCUUCGACUCCACCAGGAAGCGCAUGUCUGUUGUGGUGAGACAUCCUCUGACGGAUCAGAUCACUGUGUACACUAAAGGAGCAGACUCUGUCAUCAUGGACCUCAUCAAACCCCCCAGCACAGGUAACACCAAAGGGAAACGGCAGAAAAAGAUCGUCUACAAGACCCAGAACUACCUAAACCUUUAUGCUGCAGAUGGCCUGCGCACACUGUGCAUUGCGAAAAAGAUCCUGAGCAAGGACGAGUAUGCCUGCUGGCUGCAGCGUCACCUGGAGGCUGAGACGGCCAUUCAGGGAAGAGAGGAGCUGCUCUUUGAGUCGGCCCUGCGCCUAGAGACCAACCUCCAUCUCCUAGGGGCGACAGGAAUUGAGGACCGUCUGCAGGAUGGCGUGCCUGAAACUAUAGCUUCUCUGAGGAAGGCUGGCCUGCAGAUAUGGGUGCUGACAGGCGACAAACAGGAAACGGCUGUAAAUAUAGCCUACGCCUGCAAGCUGCUGGACCCCGAGGAGGAGAUCCUGACACUGAAUGCUGAUUCUCAGGAGGGAUGUGCGUUGUUGCUGGACGAGAGUUUACACUACAUCCAGACCAAAUUCCUCUGCAGUGCUUCAGACCACGCUGCCAAGGCCUUCCAAGCUAACUUUGCACCCUUUGAGAUCUAUCCUUCUUCAUCUACGUCGUCCUCCUCAUCGUCCCACACCAUGCCUGUCAUGGUGCACCGGUUGGGUCUGGUUAUUGAUGGGCGGACCUUGGCCUAUGCCCUGGAUAAGAGUUUGGAGGAUAAGUUUCUGGCUGUAGCAAGGAGCUGCCGCUCAGUUCUCUGCUGCCGCUCCACACCGCUGCAGAAGAGCAUGGUGGUCAAACUGGUGCGGAACAAGCUGAAGGUCAUGACCCUGGCCAUAGGUGACGGGGCCAAUGAUGUCAGCAUGAUCCAGGUGGCGGACGUGGGCGUGGGGAUCUCGGGACAGGAGGGCAUGCAGGCAGUGAUGGCGAGCGACUUUGCUCUUCCACGUUUCCGGUAUCUCCAGAAGCUUCUGCUGGUCCAUGGGCACUGGUGCUACUCCCGGCUGGCCAACAUGAUUCUUUAUUUCUUCUACAAAAAUGCAAUGUUUGUAGCGCUUAUCUUCUGGUAUCAGUUCUACUGUGGAUUCUCGGGAUCAUCCAUGAUUGAUCAGUGGUAUAUCAUCUUCUUCAACCUUAUGUUCUCUGCCUUUCCACAACUCGUCACUGGCACUCUGAACAAAGACGUGUCAGCAGCGACUCUCCAACAACUACCUCAGCUCUACGCGACCGGCCAGAACUCUGAGGAAUAUAAGCCAUAUAUGUUCUGGAUGAACAUGAUUGACGCCUUCUACCAAAGUCUGGUCUGCUUCUUCAUUCCUUACUUUGCCUACUCUGACUCUGAUGUGGAUCUGUUUACAUGGGGAACUCCCAUCACUACCCUCGCCUUAAUCACCAUUCUGCUGCACUUGGGCAUUGAGACCAAAACAUGGACCUGGAUGAACUGGCUGUCGAUCGGCUUCAGUGUUGCCUUAUUCUUCACUGUGGCUCUGUGCUACAACGCCUCCUGUCCCACCUGCUACUCCCCCUCUAACCCAUACUGGACCAUGCAGAGGCUGCUGCAGGACCCUCUCUUCUACCUGCUCUGUGUCAUCACACCUGUAGCAGCGCUGCUGCCCAGAUAUUUCUACAGGGCGUGUCAAGGCACGCUGUUUCCCAGCCAGGUUCAAGUUGGAAGGCAGUUGGAUAAACUCCCCGCUGAAACCCGCAGGAACAUCCUCAGCCUGAGCAGGGUCAAUGUGAGGUCACCGCUCGGCCCCAAGCCUCCCUUCCUGUCCCUCACCAAGCCCUCCCCUGAAGGUUGCAAUAAAAAAGACCAGAGGAGCUUCUCAAGAACCAAAAUAGCACAGGCCAAAGAGGGGCCUGUGUUACAAGCAGAUGAAGAAAAGGGCCAGAGGAGCCCACUGGGGCCCACAGACUUUGAGAAGGGCCUCUCAAAUAUCUACACAUUAGUUCCUACUGGGAUAGACUCUCCUCCUUACACCAAAGAAGCUCCUCCACUCUCGGAGGAGCAGCAGCCUACUUCCACCAAAGACUCAGAGUGUCUCUAUAAGACUUUAGAGCCUUCAAAGCAGAGUCUCUCCAGCUGGAUCACCUCCACGCCUCUGCUCACACAAACAGCCAGUGUUCAGCUGACUCUGCCCCCUGACGGAGACUCGCAGUGCGUGAAAUACACAAGGAACUCAGAGGAAAGGCUCCAGCCUGACCACACCAUUCAUCCAGCACACAGGACAGGGCAGAUGGCAGAGCAGUCGCUGCACGUCAGCUUGUGAUUGUCUGAUGGUCUUAAGUAUGUUAUCUCAAACUCCAAUUUGCACGAUUAGUUUUUUUUAAUCUAUUUUUAUUGUAUUUUUCAAGGAGAAUCUUUUAUAAAAGAUAGUAAUAGGUACUUUAUAUUGUGGAUGUUUAAAGCCAAAGAUAUUUCUGAGCUUUGGGAGAUUGAAGAACUGGAAUAUCUCCCAUUUUUGUUUUCUUUUAUCUUGGGAACAUUUUAUUUCACAAAGAUGCACCUCAGUACAGGUCUUAAAGUAGAGGAAGACAAGUGGCGUACAGACAUUCCACCAUUGGGUAUUUGGGAGUUUGUUUUCUCUCCGAUAUGGUACCCUGUUCGUUCUUUCAGCUUGGCCUGUAAAACGUAACAAGACCUGGACCAGAUGCCACUGUGGCCUUAUAUCAGUGUUGUAAUUCCAGAAGACAGAUAUUUUAUACAUCUCCACAGAAACACUUUGGCUUUCUUGUGCUAGAAUUUCCCUGAAAGUAAGAGUUUUAUUUUUUACAUACGUUAACAAAUAGUGGCAUUAGUUCAGUGCGCAUUUGUUGCUGGAUUUUUUUUUUGUGCUAAGAUUAGGAUGCUGAAAAGUGUGUUCAUAUUUUUUGUCUAACAGUACAUUCCACUGAAAAAUGAUGAGAGAUGUAGGCUUUAAAUUUAAUCCCAUUCAGAGGGUAUACCGAGAAAUAAUCAUUUCAGCAAAACUCUACCAGAAAUGAUGCUUCUGUGUGUGUGUGUGUGUGUGUGUGUGUGUGUGUGUGUGUGUGUCCAUUGACUCAUUGAAUCUGUUUCAACAGUUUCAGCCAGUUUCAUUUAGUAGUUUUGACAUUUCAGGAAAUAUGUGUAUUUGUUUUCUUAUCAAGAGUUAGAUGGCAAGAUUGAUGCCACUUUUUUUUAUCUGUCCAUUAGCUCGGCUAGCUGUUUAACCGAGUUACAUCUUUAAUGCCAAGCUAAGCUAACCAGCUAACCCGUACCAAGCAAUUAACCUGUAUCCAGCGGACAGUUAGCUUAGCAUAAAGCCCGGAAAACAGAGGUAAACUGCAAAAAACUGCAGUCUUUUUUCACUGUUUAUAUGGACCAAGCAAGCAAAAUACAGUGUCAUUCAGUCAGCUGUUUCCAGUCCAGCCAUGUUAAGCUACCUAUAUCCAGUCUGUACCUUCAUAUUUGACUCAAAGGAAUUGAGUGGUAUCAAUCUUAUCUAAUUCUCAAUCAGAUUGAAAUUUAGCAAAUUUCACAUGUCAUACUCGUACAGAAGGUUGCACUGUACAACAAACUGCAAUCACACAUUUCAUAAAACACGUUGACUUGAAGGUCCCUCUUUAAACAGUUUAUUUCAUGCAUUUUUUUUUCCUGCUAGUGUUCAGCUUUUUAAAACCAAAACCCCGGUGGUGAAAAGAGGUUUUAACCAAACAUAAAGGAUGCCGCUCUCAGAUUUAAAUUUGCACAUUUUGCAUAAUUUGAGAAGUACCAAUGAGUGUUGUCGGUGCUAUUGACGUGUGCAGUGCUCAGAUACAGUAUGGAAAGGAUGGCAAGUUUUAUUCACUUGCAAACAUCAGUUGUCUCCCUCAAGAACACUAGUCUGGAAAUUUGGGAAGACGCUAGAUUUAGUUUGAUAGUUUCGCCUUAAAAGCAGCAGCACCUUUAAUAUGUUAUGAUUGUUGUAUCCAAUUGCAGUACAUUUUUGUAUAGAGUAUCAUUUACCAAAGAUCAUUUAUAUUUCCGUAUUUUCUAAGCAAUAGUACAUGCAUUUACACUGGAUAAGAAAUUACAAAUCUAAGACUUAGCUCAUAAUGCUGAAGUUCUAUUUGUUGAAAUACGACAGUGCAUCUUUAUUCAAUGAGGAGCAUUUAGUGUUUGUGUAGAGGAUAUUCAUGAUGCUCCAUGCUAUGUUGCUUCUCUCCUCCUGUUUGUUAUUUUUGCACACGUUGCUUUCUCCUGGCAUGUUGCUCAGAUUCUGACUCCGCAGUCUGUCCACUUUGUUUUAUAGGUUCUGUCUGUUCUGUUCUGUGCUUGUGGUGUCGCACUUGUUGUUACAAUUAUGCCAGAAUGAAGCUGAAGCUCAUUCACUGCUGCGUACCCACUUUCACAAAUUCCUCACAGGAACCUUGGAUCUCGGCGCACAUGGCCUUAAACAUGCAGAAUCUGAACUCAGUUUGUUUUACUUUGGUAUUUUGGUUACGAGACAGGCCUAUGUUUCACAUAAAGAGAGGACUGAUCUGCUGUUGAUGCUUAAGUUCAUCGCUCUGAAUAUCUAAUAGCUUUAAGAUCACUUUAAUUGAAUAGGAUGCCCACAGCAGCAACAUACACUCAUCACCUCACAUACCAACUUGGAAAAAGUACAAUUACAUAUUUUUUUUCUUAAGGUUAAACAAGUUUUUCUUCUACGUCUUUGUUCUGCAAGUAAUUGCAAAUUACUUGUAUCUUGGCUACUUGUGAACAAAAUAAAAAUGAUAAUAAAGUCUU